AUGGGAGCAGCAAUAAAAUACGUAAGACAAGAAGAUACUGAUUCUCAUACAUAUCCUCUUAUAUGGCUUGAUAGUUCGGUAAAUACAUCUAAAAAAUGUAUACAAGGUCAAAAAUUAAUUCGAUCAUCGAUCGAUCAUUUAAAAACAUUUGAAAAUGUUAAUAAAUGUGAAGAAUAUAUUCGAUCGAUUUCACAGAAUGAACGGAUUAUAUUCAUUGUUAAUGAUCAAUUAGCUCGAGAAGUAAUACCACGUAUUCAUGAACUUCGACAAAUUUCUUCAAUUUAUAUUUAUUGUGAAGAUAAAUCAAAAAAUGAAAAAUGGAUUAAACAAUACAAAAAAGUAAAAGAUAUUGUUAGACAAUUUAAUCAAUUAAUUGAUAAAAUUAGAUUUGAACGUUCAAAACGAUGUCAAAAUCAAGUAAAUGAACCAUUAUCAAUAAGUUUUUUUCAAACGAACACAUAUCAUGAACAAUCAAAUAAUACUUUUAAUGAUCAAUUUAUUUAUUCACAAUUAUUAAUUGAUUCUCUUUUUCAAUUAAAACCAGUAAAAACUGAUAAAAAUAAAUUAAUUCUUCUAUGCAAAGAAAAAUAUAAUGGAAUUCAUAAUGAAUUAAAACUUAUACAAGAAUUUCAAGAAAAUUAUUCAUCAGACAAAGCUCUUGAUUGGUAUAUGAGAGAUUCAUUUGUUUAUCGAACAUUAAAUGAAGCUGUUCAAGCACAAGAUAUUGAUUUAUUGUUUCUUUUUCGGUUUCUUAUUCAUGACAUUCGACAAGCAAUUAUAGAAAAUCAUUUUGUAUCGCCGAUUCGAGUUUAUCGAAGUCAAUUAUUAACCAAAGAAGAAAUAAAUUUAUUGAAAAAUUCUCUUGGUCGUUUAAUUUCAAUAAAUUCAUUUUUUUCAACAACUGUUUCUCGUGAAUUAGCUACAUUUUUUCUUAAUCGAUCACCAUCUUCAAAUGACCUUGAACGAGUUUUAUUCGAAAUCGAUGCCAAUCCAUCUAAUAGUUCAACAAAACCAUUUGGUUUUAUCAAAUCUAAUAGUUAUUUUCAACAAAUUGAAGAAGUUUUAUUUACAUUAGGAUCANAUAAUUAA